AUAUUACUUUACUAUUCCAACUAGCGCUGCAGUUUCGACUUCAUAUAAAAAUCAAUUUUUUUACGAACCUUCAAAAUGUUAAAUGAAACUGAUGCUCAAGCUCAAAUCAGAAAAAAAACAAUUACUUUAUUACGAAGCGUUUUAACAACAUAUGGAAAAUCUGGGGUUCCUCUUCAUCUUUUGAGUCACGAAUAUCAAGAGACUUGUUUGGAACGUUUGUCUUUUAGGGAAAUGGGGUAUGGUACUUUGGAGCAAUUUCUUCGUGAUAUUCCAGACGUAUGCUCUCUCGUUCGUUCAGACGAAGGUUACUUUGUUGUAAAAGGAGUGGCUUCAAAAGAAGAUGCCCACAUUUUUAAACUUGUUUCUGGUCAAAAAAAACCUAAAAAAAAAAGUUAUUCAAAAAAGCCUGUAUCAUUAAAAGUACAUAGAAACGCUUCGAAUUUUAAACGUGCUCCACCUUUACCUUCUACGAGCAGCAGUUUUUCGUCCAGAAGAUCAGUAUUUACUUUUGACAAUGUUUUUAGACCUCCUCAUUAUUCUAUUGCACAGCAAAAUAAAGUUAUUUCUAGAAACAGUGUGCAGCAAGUUUCUUCUUACUUAAAAAGUGAAUUUAAAUCUGAAAAUAGUGUUCAAUCUCCCAGAUUAUCACCUAUCAAUUUAACAACUGAAGAAAUUGGUUCAUUAGAAAGAAAGUUAAAAGAUCUUUUGUGUAAACGUCCAAAUGGUUUGUGGCUGACUCGGUUAAAACCUGAAUUCAAAACUCAUUAUAAUGAAGACCUACAGUUUGAUAUAAAAGCUGUUAUAGAAAAACAUUUUCUAAAAUUUGUUGAUAUUCAAUGUCCAGCCCCAAAUCGAGAGAUAUUGUACUUAAAAAAAAAUGAAAGUGAAAAAGUUUCAGAGUCUGAAAAUUUAGUUGUCAAUAUAUCUAACACCUCUUCGGAAAGUAAACGAAACAUAUAUUUAAAGGAUAAAUCAUCUGCAUUUACUGCAACAACAUCAAUAUUUACUGCAAAGAAAUCUUCAUCUUCUUUAAAAACAUCUGUGUCCACUGCAGCAACAGCUUCAAGUGUAAUAAAUGAACUUGUUUUACUGGAAAUUUCUGGGGAAUUUGUCGAUGUGUAUAUUAGUCAUGUAUCAAGUUUGGAUUGCUUUUACAUUCAUUUAGCCGAUUCAACAAUAGGAGAGUUUGACAGUUCAAUGCAGGUUUAUUAUACAAAAACUCAUUUACUGUUUGCAAAAGCUUAUGUUGGUAAAUAUUAUGCUGUAUUUUCAACAGAAUAUAAAAUGUGGUUUCGUGCAAAAGUUCUCAGCUUAAGAGAACAAAAGCAUCGUUCCCCACUACACAUUUGUCAUGUUUUUUAUGUUGACUACGGUAAUGAUGAAGAGGUUAUUGAAGGAGAUCUCAGAGAGCUGAAUGAUGAGUUUAAAUCUUUUCCAAUGCAAGCAGUUCAUUGUACUCUCCAUAAAAUUAAUGAGAAGCUCAGGUUUGUGUCGGAAGAAAAUAUUAACAUAUUUCGUAGACUUACCAAAGACACAAAACUAAAAAUGAAGAUAGAAUCAAAAGAUGGGUCUGUUUAUUCAGUUUCUCUAUUUGACAAAGACUUCAAUAAUCUAUUGUUAAGUUUGGAUAGUUCUAGUAAAGAUUCUGCUAUGCACAAGAGUUUAAGCACUCAAAAACCAUCAAUAACUCCAAGCAGUAUCCAAGCAAAAUGGGUUGAGGUGCCUGAAAAUGAAGACUACAUUGAUGUAACUGUAAAUAGUGUUUUUAGCUCGAACAGCGUUUCAGUUUCCAUGAUAGGUCCUGAAUACAGUGAAAAACUAGGACAAUUAGAAAAUGAAAUUUUUGAUUUUUUUCAAAACAUAACAGAUAGUCAUGUUUUAAGUUUACAAGUUGGUAAGUUUUAUGCUGCAUAUUCUGGUAGUACUUGGAAACGCGUAGAGGUACUUACAAUUGUGGGUAAUGAAUGUGAAGUAUUGUUACUUGAUUAUGGCAACAAAGUCACUAUAGCAACAACUGAAGUUAAAAACUUACCUGAAAGAUUUUUGGUUUUGCCAUUCCAAUCAAUUAAAUGCUCCUUACACAAUGUCCAAAGUUGUUUCGAUACAGAUAUCCUGCAAUAUUUAUCAGAUGCAUGCAUUGAUAGUGCUCUGAUAGCUCACAUAAUUGAAAGGCCAGUAAAUAAAGACAUUGUAAUUGAACUAUACGGAUCAAAUGCUGACGAGGAAAAUAUCAACCGUGAGUUAGUAACUAGAAUGAAAUCUGAUAAUCAACAACCUAAAGUUCCUAAGCCAGGAUGCCAGACUGUUGGUUAUAUUACUCACAUAACAUUAACUGGAGAUUUUUUUAUUCAAAUAAGAGGACCUGGACUGGAACGCCUUCAAGAAAUAAUGAUGGAUAUAAACAGCCACUUUUCUCAGAAAACUUCUGGAAGUGAAAUAUUGUCUCGACCAUCAAUAGGAACAAUUUGUUGUGCUAAAUAUAUGAAUGAUGGGCUAUGGUAUCGUGCUAAAGUGACUCAAGAAAUGACUGAAAUUAACAAGUUUGAAGUUGAAUUUGUGGAUUAUGGCAACCUAGCUGUGAUAUCUAAUUUUCAUAUACGUAAACCAAAAGCAGUGAGUGAAAAAGUUGUAUCUCUGCCAUUUCAAGCAAUAAAAUGUCGAGUUAUUGGUCUAAGUGAGAAACAUUUUGAAGAAUUUGAAAAAAUUAAUGAUUUUGUUAAAGACCUUGAUUAUGUGAUGAUUGAAACAGUGCAGUUGAAUGAGAUACCAUUAGUAAGAAUACUUGUACCAGAUGGAGACAAUGAUUUAUUAGAUUUUGUUGAUUGGUCCAUAAAGAUGUUGACUGCAGAAGAUAAAAAGACAUUAAUUGAAGAAAGUGCACUGAGCUCUCAAAUGGAUGCAUUAAUUAUCAAUCAAAAAAAUGUGAAUGUUAAAUAUGAACUUGAUCAAAUAUUGAAUAUGAUUCCAAAUAUACAACAAAAUAUUUUUGAAGGAUAUGUUCAAGCUGCAGAAAACCCUUAUAAAUUUUUGGUAAUUCCUACUAGUCGCUGGAAUGAUUAUCAAGAUAUGCUCAUUAAUUUACUGAAUUUGUACGAGAACCAAAAAGCUGAAGAAGGCUUGCAGUUUAAAGUUGGAGAUAUGUGCGCUGUUUACAGAAGUGAAGACGAAUUAUGGCAUCGUGGUAUUAUAAAAUCUACUAAAAUGUGUGAAAACUUUCAAAAUGAGGAGUUUGUAGUGAGUUUUCCUGACGUUAGUCUUAAGAUGCAGAUAACUUCAAAAAAAAAUAUUCGAUCACUAGAAACUCAGUUUAAAAAAAUUCCAUUUUUUGCUGUUGAGUGCUCUCUUGGAGACAUUGAGCCAAUAUCAAGUGAAAGAUGGUGUAGAGAAACGUCAGAGCAUUUUAUAGACAGUGUUCUUUUUAAUAGUUUUCAAGUUAAAAUUUUAAGUAGAGACUUAAAUUUAAAUACAUUAAAUGUGUUACUUCAUGGGACAUCAGAAAAUAAUGAACAUUACAUUGUUAAUGAAAACCUGGUUUUAUCUGGUUCAGCGAAAUAUAAAACUUGAUCCUUUUAAUUAUGUUUUUACAAAAAACUCAAUUAUCUCUAACAUUAUUGAAAUAUUUUCUAUUUUUUCAAAGUUUCGAUAUUUUACCACUGUUUUGAAAUUC